CAUAGUAAUUUGGGUCCCUAAACUCCACGCAAGAACCUUCUUCAUAUUCUACUGUCCCAUCUCGUGCUGCUGAGACAAAACGUCCUCGAAGGUACCGAAUCCAAGAGCGUAUCGCAUGUACGGUAACCCUUACGGUGACGAACCGCGAGCGCGCAUAGCAUUGUUAUUAUUGUUGCUGUUGCUUUUGUUGUUGCUGUUGUUGUCACUACUCAGUUACCACGCUCAUGACAACACUUAUCCAAUAUGUAUAUAAAAGACGAUCGAAUUAUAAUCCCCAGUCACAGAACAAUACUGAUGCACACAGUCUUGGCUCGUCUUGUCAACGGACGAGUUCGAUUUUUUGAGUACCGCUGACGACGACGACGAUAACGCCGCCGCCGACGCCACCGCCAUCACAAAUAAAAAAAUCGCGAUCUCGAUUCCCACGACGCAAAAUUUCGCGGUCGCUAAUACGUUCGAUCCAAUAGACGCGUUUUCUUGAUUUGUUACUCUUUAAGAACGAUUAACCGGUACGCAGGCUCGGAAUUCUGACGACAAAAUGCAGUUACUCUUGCUGAUCAGUUUGAUAUCGUUGGUGAGAAUUGCAGUGGCAGUUCCGGCGGCACGAAACGGAAGCUGUAAUUGUGUCUGUGGUGUCAAUGGCCGAUCAAAUCGCAUCGUCGGCGGAGAGGAAACCAAUGCGCACGAAUAUCCCUGGUUGGCGGGCCUUUUCCGGCAAGGAAAGCUAUACUGCGGAGCAUCUGUUCUAACCAGGAACUAUUUGGUCACCGCGGCACACUGUGUUAACUCUUUCGAGCCAAACGAAAUCAGGGUAUAUCUGGGUGGACACAACAUUGCCAAGGACUACACGGAGCUGCGUCGGGUGAAACGAAUCGUCGAUCACGAAGACUUCGACAUCUUCACGUUCAACAACGAUAUCGCCUUGCUGGAGUUGGACAAACCACUGCGCUAUGGACCCACGAUUCAACCGGCAUGCCUCCCGGAUGGAAGUGAACGUGACUUUACCGGAUCGCUGGGAAUUGUCGCCGGAUGGGGACGCGUCGAGGAAAAACGACCACCGUCAAAGACGCUACGUUCGGUGGUGGUGCCCAUUUGGUCUCAGCAGCAGUGCCUGGAAGCCGGCUACGGAAGCAAGAAGAUUUCCGAGAACAUGAUGUGCGCCGGCUAUCACGACGGAAAGAAGGAUGCCUGCCAGGGAGACAGCGGCGGUCCUAUGCACAAGAUGGGAAAUGCAGGCAGUAUGGAAGUGAUCGGAGUUGUGUCCUGGGGUAGAGGAUGCGCCCGACCGAAUCUACCUGGAAUCUACACCAGGAUCGUCAACUACUUGCCAUGGAUUCACGAUAAACUGAACGGAGAGUGUUUGUGUAUGCCGAGGGAUGUUGCAGCCAGGAGUCAGCAGUGACAAGGAUAUUUCUCGAUUUGAUCUCAAUAUGUGUUACAGUGCGGACAAGCACUGUGGAACAAGUGGAAUGUGCUGGAUAUCCUUUAUGAUCCAAGUGAAGGUGCAUGCAGGUUUAUUUAUUUAUUUAUUCUAGUCAGAAACAAUAGAUUUACUAAACGCCAUUAGUCAUAAGAAAGAUAACUGAAAUUGGAGCUAGUUACACUGCCAAAAAUCUGAAACGUUAGUCAUAAUGUCGAAAAAUAAAUUCAAUGAAUCACAACUGA